AUGGCUCGAUUUUGGAAGAUGCUGAAGGACCUGGAGGACGGGCCGCCGUUUCUCUGCCCGAAAUGCGGUCGCACGUACUCCCACAAGUGCAACUUGACCAGGCAUCUGCGUCUGGAGUGCGGCGUCGGGCCGAGAUUUCAAUGCGCCUGGUGCAAGAAACGGUUCAAGCAUCGACACCAUCUGCGGGACCAUCAGAGGAUCCAUCUUUACUCGAACUGCACCUUCGAACUGCGAAACUGA